UUUCCUGUUUAUGUUUACAACGUGCGAGUCUGCUGAUGCGACAGUUGGUUCAGUAAUGGCGACCAUUGAAGGCCGUGAGGAACACAUAAGACUUGCUGGAAUCAUUAAAGGUCUUCAUGCUGACCUGAGGAAAAAGUUCAAGAAAUGCACAGAUGCUGACGACUUUGAACAGAUUUGGAAGGAACACUGCAGUGACACUGAUACUCUACGACAGUAUGCAGAUGCCAUGCACCAUUUGGCAACAGAUCACUGGACAAGACUUCCAGAGACCAGGAUCGACUGGUGUCGAAAAACAAUCCUCGAAUAUUUCCACGGGGGCGGCCUGAAAAAGGCAUUAGAAAAAGUUUCCCGCAGGAUUCAAGUUCACAGGGCAAAGAAGUUGCAGAGGGAAUAUUCGGACCGGAGAAAAAAAGACACAUCUAAAGAUGAACAGAGAGAUCAAAAUGUUGGCAAUGAUUCUGAGAAUGUGGAUUUGUGCAUUUCUGCUCCUAGCCUUCCGGAAGUGUAUGAUGAGGCAACGUGUGUAAUUGAUACAGAUACAUUACCAACAACAUCAGUAGACAUUGGAGUUCCAUUCAGAGGAAGAAUCCGUCUGCUGGAUGUAGGCAGCUGUUACAAUCCCUUCGCUGGCUUUGAGGAGUUUUUGUCCAUUGGCCUUGACAUCAGCCCUGCUAAUUCAAAGGUACACCGGUGUGACUUUCUGAACUUGGAACUGACAGAUCCGGAUCCUUCAGCCCUGUCCAAAGAUGACCCCUUUGGGGGCCUCCCAGACACGGUUUCACAGCUUCCUCGUCAGAGUUUCCAUGUUGUUGUUUUUUCCUUGUUACUAGAGUAUCUCCCUUCGGCCGGUCAGCGUUGGACAUGCUGUUGUAAUGCUCACCAGCUUCUAGCUGGCAAUGGCUUAUUGGUUGUUGUGACCCCAGAUUCUCACAAACAGCAUCGUAACGCCGCCAUGAUAAAAAGCUGGAGACAAGCAAUCGAGUCGUUAGGGUUUGUAAGGUGGCGCUACGUUAAGCUAGACCACUUACAUUGUUUGGCAUUCAGGAAAAUUCAUGUUGGGGAAGUGAGGGACAAAGAAUUGGGCCCCGCUUCCCCAGACAUGUUGUACAUACCUCAGGAUUUCCACGAGGAUGAAGAUGCAGAUGCUGAAGUCGUGAGCCGCUCAGACACCGACAUUGAAGACAUUUCUAAAACAUUUGAGGAACUUCCAGCUUGCUGGGAUAGUGAUGAGGAUGACUAAUUUAGUAUUAAAUGUUUUUGAUAAAUUA